AUGAAAAACAUCAAGGAGAAUAUCAUAAAUUUUAAGGACCUAGCCAAACAGCUGGAGGCAUGUGUACGGUACAACUCAACGGAUAUCGAAGUGAUGCAGGACAUUUACGCGGAAUGUAAAAAAGACCUAAUCACUCUGGAGAAGCUAACGCUGGAGGCUCUGGAAAAGGGAAACGCGAACCUGUUUGAGCAGCUAGUAGAGGCGUCCACCCACGUGAGCAGAUCCAUUAAGAUGUUCGAAAGCUUCGAGAAAAACCACAAGGAGCGCACACGGAGUUUCCCAGAAGGAGGAGGGUUCCCGCAAAAUGGGGCAAUCCAAAUGGUACACGACGAUAGGGACUUUUCCAAAAAAAAAUCGCACCAGGGGUAUAAAAAACAUGAUAGUAAGAGGAGAGGGAAGAAAUACAAAAACGUGGAUGACGAGGAGGAAGACAGCGAAAAAAGAAAUCGAAGUAGAAGCCAAAGCAGGAGCAGAAGCCGUAGUAGAAGUGGAAGCUUGGGCAGAAGCUCUGGAAGAAGAAAAGAACAUGAAAAGAGGAAAAAGAAAAAGAAGGAAAAGGAGAAGGAGAAAGAAAGAAGGAAAUAUUUCCAAAGUGAUGAAGAAAAUAAUAGCAAAGAAAAAGAUACAAAUGAUAAUAAAAAAAUGAUAAAGUCAGACUCGCUAGAAUCUUUUAACAAAACAUUUGGCAAUUUCCGUGAUACUAUGAACAUGCUGAGCAGCGAAAUAGAAGAAGACCUGGACGAUUUUCAAAUGAAACAGAAAAAGCAACAAAAGAAGAAAAAAAAAAACAGAAUGAUGGAAAAUUAAAUGAAAACGAAAACGAAAACCAAAACGAAAACGACAGUGAAGACCCAUAUUAUAAACGUUUCACGAAAUCUUAAAACUAUAUAUAUUUAUCUAACCCUAAAAUCGUUAGAUAAUAAAAUUAAUAUAAGAAAGAAAAGCAAAAAUAAACAAGUUGAUAAUUUUUCUGUAAACGUGUCAGAGCUUUUUGAAUUCUCCGUUUUUUACAACAAACAGAUGUUCUUGUAUAUAGAUGUAGUCGAUACAGACAACAACAGUUAUUGUUACUCGUGCUUAAUAAAUUUGAAUAAUAGAAUUUUGAAGAAAACUCGAUUUUUUGUCCCCACGGCAUUUUUAUUAACACAAGUUAGUAACAAUUUUGAUGACAACUAUGGGAACCAAAAUUUGAUUCCUACCAACCCGAUAAAUUUUCUUGCCAGCAAUCAAAAUUCCAAGGGAGAAAACAUGGACAUGGAUAUGAAAGAUUUCUCGUUUAUAUCUCCCACAGUUAAUUCCUUUCCAGGGGGAAGUUCUUUGGAUCGUUGCGGACUAGGUCACCAGCCUCUUGGCAAUCCCCCAAAUGAUGACCUCUUCGGUGCUAACCCUACUGGCAUCAACCGCGCACACAAUCGCUUGAACGACUUCCCCGUGACGCGGAACAACCCAAACAACUUCUACGCCAUGAACAAGAACCUGCGGAACCCCAAUUUUACCAACUUCAAUUUUGCACGCACGAAUCAAAAUGGACCCAAUUCGAACAACUUCAACUUCGUCAGCAGAAACGUCGCCAAUAGGAACAUGUCCAAUUGGGGGAAUGGAAACCAGGGCUUUGGCACGCCCAAUUUUGGCAGCCCUAAUUUUGGCAACCACAACUUUGGAAGCCCAUCCGUUGGAGGUCCAUCCGUUGGAGGUCCAUCCUUUGGAAGUCCAUCCUUUGGAGGACCAUCAUUUGGAGACGCAUCAUUUGGCGGCCAGAACCGAAGCCUUAGUAACCCCACCUUUAGCAACUACAACAUUGGUCACCCCGACGUUUAUCAACCCAACUUGGAUCCCUUCGAUCCCUUUGACCCCUUCGCCCUCGACCGUGCCAGCGGGGGCGAGAGCAAAAAAGAGGCAAGCGGCUCCCCCCAGGUGGACCCCCCCAGUAUCAAGAUAACCAAAGAAAGCGAAAAAGCAAAUGAAGAGGAAGAAAAAAAAAAAACGAGCUAGAUGAACAUUUUUUUAAAAAACAAAGAUUUUGAUCACGAAACGGAAUUAAUGAAACAGAACAAUUUGAACCUGUACAAGCAACUAUAUAACGUGUGCAACAAAGAAAAGGUGUACUAUGAAAAUAAGAACAAAGAAAAUGAAAAGAAAAUCGAAGAACUAGACAAGGCAGUAAUGCUCCUCGAGUUGGACAACGAAAGUUACUUAGAAGCCAACAACAAGUUGAAGGAAAUUAUCGAGUCGAACAAAGAAAUAAUCAAAGUAAUCGAAAAUAUUGUAAAGAAGAAAAAUAACAAAAUAGAAAAAUUGGAAAAAGAAAAUGAAAGAGUUGUACAGGCAGAAAAACUUAUCGAAGAAAAUAAAAAAGAAAAUGUUUUUUUAUCCCAACAAAUUACCAAACUGAGCAGUAAUUUUAAGGAAAAUAAAAUGAAAUUAAAAGAUUAUAAUCAAGUUAAUGAAAACCUGAACAGCAAGAUGAAAAAUGAAAAACUUUUGCUAUACUUAUCCUACUUGGUAAAACAUAUCCACAAAAGCACCUGCAACGAUGACGCCAAUAUGUUAAAUCUAAUGAAGUUAAAAAAGAUGAAUUGGAGUUUACAAGGAUCACAGAUUGGUAGGGAUUGCCAGGAUAUGCUAGACGACAUCACAAACAACUGCAGUUAUGUGAAGACUGGUUCCAAGUACGAAGAUAUUAUGCUGAAUGAUUUCAUCAAAAGUCAGAAAGGGGUUAAUGUGAAUCCAAAACAUUUGUAUAAAAUUCUAGGUAUACGUAAUGAACCAAAAAAACAGAUUCUCAACUACAACAGUGACAAUAGCAAUGAGGGAAGAAAUACUUCUAAGCGUAAUCUUCCAAAUGGGGACCCCAUGACCAAUGCUGAUGCUUCCAAAAGUGCGAUUCUCUCGGACGAAUUGGACGCAUCGCAGGAUGAAGAAAAGGACCUCCACAUUGAUGACUUUCUCGUGAAGGGAUACAAAAAAUAUAUAACCGCAACUUCAUCCACGGAAAUAAAUCAAGAGGAUCAUCUUCGAAAGGGGGGAAUCCAUCACCCAUUUGCAAAGAAGAAGAAGAAAGAAGAAGAAAAAAAACGGGAUGAAAAUAAACGGGAUGAAAAAAAACGGGAUGAAAAUAAACGGGAUGAAAAAAAACGAGAUGAAAAAAAACGAGAUGAAAAAAGUACACUCAAGGGGGUACCCCAAAAUGAACGCAAACUGAAAAAUUCCCACAAUAGUCGCCCAUACGAGUUUCCCCAAAUGAACUGGAGCAGCGAUGAAGAGGCGAAGAAAAAACAGAGGCACUCCUUCGACUUGAAUGUAAAGCGAAUGGAUGAAGUGCAGAAGGGGGAGGAAUCUCGAGGGGAAAAAAAAAAGAGUCAUCUACUGAGUGAUAAAGAAAAAAUUGAAACGAGGAGAAUCCUAAGUGAGAUGAACAGCAACAUCCAAAUUAGGCACCAUACAAAUGAUAUUUUCCAUGACGAUUUUUUUAACCACCCGAGAGAAGAUCGCUCAGAUAAUGACACGAAUAGCACAUUUUCCUUCAACGUAAAAAAUGACGCAAAUUGGGGUCACUUGAAAAAACAGAAAAAGGGCAAAAAGGAGGAGAAAAACGAAGAAGGGGAAAAUAACCAAAAUGCGACUUCCAAAAGAGGACGCCAAGAAUUAAACGAAAAGGGAAAGACGCAGCAGAGGAAGAAGCAGGGUAAUGCGGUGAAACAAACAGGGGACAGAACUGCAAGCGGAAAAGGAAAAAAGGGCCUGCGCAGAGACAUCAUGGACGAUGAUGAUGAUGCCGAUCAUUACUAUGAUGAUUACUACGGGAGUUUCCUCCCCUUGAGAACUAUAAAGGAGAAACAAGGUAGGAAAAAACACUCCUUAAGUAAUUACAAAAAAAAAAAGAGAAACAAAUUGGUGUACAACGAAAAUUACACCUUUAGUAACUGUGAAAUGUCCAACGAUGACUCAUCCCUGGGGGUGGAAGGUCCAUCGAAUGUGAGAAGCAAAAAAGAGAAGAACAUAGUCAGUGAUACUUACUUAAACGAAAGGGGUAGAAGUAGACGGAAGCAGAGGAAGCACGAGGAGGGUUCACCCCUCUGGAAAGACCCCCUAGCGGAGAACCAACAAGACGAAGAAAGGGGUCCCCGUCAUGAUAGCAGCGGAGGAAGCAGUCGAGGAAGCAGCCGAAGAAGCAGCCGAAGAAGCAGCCGAAGAAGCAGCCGAAGAAGCAGCCGAGGAAGCAGUCGAGGAAGCAGUCGAAGAAGCAGCCGAAGGAGCAGUCGAAGUGGAAUGGAGAAAAAGGGGAAAGAAGCCAAGCAUAAGCGAUUCAUCCACUUGAAAAAAAAAACAACCAACGAUUACAUGAGUGACUACAAAAGUUUCGAAAAAAAAUUUAACUACUUUGUAAAGGUGUCCAAAAAUCUGCAAGGAAGCCUUCUCUCCAAUAACAGCGACAAAAUAAGUUAUGCGGUCAAGCUGAACAAAAAAAACUACUUCACGAAUUUGGAAAGAAUUAUCAACAGAUGCAACAAAAAGGAGCAGACGUUUUCAUAUCUCGAUAGUUAUCUCAGCACGCAAAUAAAGUCCAAGUUUUUAUCAGAGGAAGACAUAAAGAAGCAUAAAAAUAGGUUGCGCCAUUUUUACAGCAAGAAUACUAAGGGCCUCAUUUUUGAAAACUCCCUUGUUAAGAUAUAUGCGAAACUUUAUUAUGUGAACGAAGAUUCAGGGAAAAGCAGUGAGCACAAAAAGGAAGAGUUGUUGUUAGGCCUCGACAGGCACGAUGGCAGUGGUGACACGAGCAAAGUGCGUCCAUGUGGAAGUAGCAAUGGUGCAUGCAAAAAUGACGGCAACAUAGUUAACAGCAAAGAUGGUGAUACCACUCGAAAGGACUGUAAAAAGGGCACGGACAAAAAACUAGAGAAAACACUCAAAAAGGAAAACAUUUACAUGAAUAUCUACGUGAAAUCAAUUCUGUACAACAUCGUCUAUAUCAAAAGUGACCUGAGUGAAAACAAAAUGGACCACAUCAAAGUUGUAAAAAGAAAUUUGAAAAAAAAUUAUAACAAAGUGACAGAAGAAAAUGACUACAUAAAUUUAAAGAAAAACGAAAUUUGUUUACUCUACACCUUAUGCUUUAAAAAAAAUCAUCUUCACACAUUGCCCCUAUUCUUAAAUGUGGAAUGCUUAAACAAUGAUAAUACUACCAUCAAGUUGAAAAUCGCUUUACCUCUGCCCCAUCUAUUCCUCCUCAAACCAAAUAGCUUUUAUCUCAACAAUUUUGUGAAAAAUUUCUCAGAAAAGCAUAAAUAUUAUUACAAAUCUUACUACUACAAUAUGCUAGAUUUUUCAACCUUUAAGGAUUUUAUCAAUUCGAUAAAACUGUACAACUCCUUUAACGUUUUUCAUUUUGACUCUUACAAUAUUCUGUACAGCACAUAUCCUGUUAAUGCCAAAUGUAAAAUGCUUUUGCUAAUUGUGUGUGAUUUUGUGAAAAAAAAAAAUGGCGCUUCCAAUGACACUGUGAAGUUACAUUUUGUGUCUCUCUCCAACAGCUUGAUUAGCUUCUCCGUAAAUUUGUUUAAGCAAAUUUUGUAG